AUGGCGACACGCACGGUACUGCACGAGUUGACGUUCCUCCUUGGAUUAUUAUGUGUUGCAAAAGCCGACACAGGUCACUUCUGGCACGUCACCGAUCACCACUUAGACUUUACCUUUGACGAGGAUGCUGUGUCGUGUCACGACGACUUAACGCCGUCACAGCGCGGAAGGUUUGGCAACGGGCUGUGUGAUGCGCCAUGGAGGCUUAUUAAUUCCUCGGUUUACGCCAUGAAGGAAAUAGCGCCAAACGUGGACUUCAUCAUCUGGACAGGAGACAACAUCCUCCACACAACAAACGAGUCACGUGACCUCAGCACAGCCAUCAACUUGAGUACCCUUGACAACAUUACGCGACUCCUUAGAGACGUGUUUCCUGACGUCACAACGUACCCCGCUUUCGGUAACCAUGACUACUUCCCAGAUGCUCAGUUCCCGUCCCAUGACAACGAAAUGUAUCAGCACAUGGAGAUCACGUGGGGCGUCUGGGUCAAUGAUUCGAAUUUUAGAAGAACUUUCCGUAAAGGUGGUUACUACUCCAGUUUGAUUCGACCUGGACUCAGGCUUAUCUCGCUCAACACAAACCUUUACUACACCAGGAAUCGCCUCGCUCUGAACUUCACGGACAUGACAGAUCCUGCGGGUCAGUUCAAGUGGCUGAACGACACCCUGGCGGCAGCGGUUAGAACCAAAGAGAAGGUUAUUGUGAUCGCCCACAUCAGCCCCGGACUGAAGGGCUAUGAAGGCUUCUUAUGGAUGUACGAGCCUUACAACGACUUGCUGAACAGAGUUAUCUCCCGUUACACAGAAUCCGGGGUCAUCCGCGCCAUGCACUUCGGCCAUGAUCAUGACGACGAGUUCAAAAUCUACUACGAUAACAAAGGUGUACCUCGCAUCCCGGUCUUCAUCGCUCCGUCCGUCACACCUUGGAGGUACAAAGACAGCCAGGGGGAACUGGGCCGUCCUCACAAUCCGGGCAUUCGAUUAGUCAGCUACGACAGGUCCAACGGCCGCCAUCUUGACAUUAAGCAAUACUACUUAGACCUCGAGAAAGCCAACAGAGACAGACAUGCGCAAUGGCAACUUCUGUACAAGGCCACUGAAAUAUACGACAUUCCUGACGUCACUGCAGGUUCCCUCAGCAAGGCACGCAAGCGGAUGCUUCAUAGUUCCAAAAAGCACGUGCAGGACUACUACGAACGCAUAACUUUGAUGGCUGACGACAGCAAAUGUGAUGCUAAAUGUCGAUACUCCAUUUACUGUGGCAUGAGAUAUUUCGAUAUCCCAGGUUUCAACAAAUGUUUACAGAAAUACCCCUCUUUAGCUUUUAGACCAGUUUCUAGUUGCUUCAAAUUAGUGGUUGCAUUAGUGGUUCUUCUACAGUUAUUUUGAGGUACCGAUGGUGUCUUUCAAAUGAGAAAAUUUUAAGAUGUUUUUUUAAUGAUUUGGUUCCAAGUAAAGCCCAAGGAAAUGUUAAAUUACAUGGUGGCUCAAAUAUUAGGUACUUUUGCGUUAUUACAGAAUGACAUGAUUAUCGGUUAUUUUUCUCAAGAAGUAAAAUGCAAAAGCUUUUCGUUAAUCCCCCCCCCCCCCCCCCAGCAUUGCACGUUAAGCGAAUGUUUAAAAAUAGCUCCCCCUCCCCCCCCCAAAAAAGAGAAAAAAAUGAAAACUAAAAAUUCUGCCAGAAUGCUUAAAUUAACUUCAUAUGUAAAGAAACACAGCUGAUUACAUGCGUAUAAAAGGACUUACGGCUCGCUCGUGACAGGAUCAGCCAAGAAGAGCCGUAAAAAAGAGCCCGAUGACUUUGACAAGCAAGUCAAUUGUAAUUGGUGGUCAUUUUGAACGGUGGAGUACACUGGCGAAAGAAAAGGUCUCACGAAGCACGAGGAUGUCGCAAAAGUACUACUUGAUAGUUGGAUGCAAAGGUGUUGUUGUAGGCAGGGGUUCUUAAAGUUCGAACAGACACACGUUUCUGACAUUUCGUUUAAUGAGAAGAUUAUUCGUAACCUUUUCUCAAUGCUGUUUAAAAAGUUGUACUCCGCAGAAAUCUGUGUGUAUCAAUAUUCGAAAUUUUCCCACUUCGUCCACUGAUCGAAAGUCAGUAUCAUAGGGAACAUUCCGAACCCUGCGCCUAUGCUUCGGGAGCUUCCGGUUGAACAUUUAUGAGGCAAAAUUCUCCGCCCUCUUUGUGCUUAAUUCGAAUGACAGCAGGACUUCUCAGGGCUCGUACAAGCUACAUACUCAAUAAAAAAAAAUUUAUUUCAGCGAGAGUGAUUUAGUUUAUGAACGAACUUUAAAACUUCGCUAAGACUUCGCGCUCAGAAUUUGUUUAAAAAUCCAAAUUUUGGGCGACCAUGUUACUUUCACAACAUACGAUCUGAAGCCAUUACAAGGCGGCGGAGGGGUCGGAAUGGAAGGACCGUUUGUAUCAUAUGCGAACAAAACCAAUUUGGAGAAAGGAAAAAAUCGCAUAACUAUUCCCAAUGAAACCAACCGACACUGCACAAUAAAGGAUGUGCAAGUUGAUUCCCAACACAUAAACAUGACGUAGAUCUGCAACAUAUGAGAGCGGAUAACUGUUGAAAACAAACAUUUGCAUACAUAAUCCAAUAAGGCUUCAUACAUGAGCUGUAAUUCUAACAGAACUUUUUGUUUUAAUUUUAUUACACCUUCUCACCACAUCUGUUUAUUUUACGAAACUAUCUAUAUCCAAGUGUAUAUUUCCAAUUCAAUUUCACUGCCACUACAGGAUGAAAUCUUAAGAAAAUUCAUUCUUUCUCUAUAUUUCUCUAAUACUGUUUUAUCAUUUUUAAUUUGGAAAUUUUAACUUAGAAAGAUAAGGAGGAAGAAGUGCCAUGGAAAGAAGCUACUUUCAAAAAAUCAAUAUGUUAAAUCUAACAGAAAGUCUGUUGUCUGAGUGAUGGUAGAAUGUAUUUUGUUAUCAUAACAUAAUACUGUGUCAUAUUCAACAUAAUACCCUAUCAGUCUAAUAUCUUUAUGUUGAAUUAAUACAAUGUGUGUAUUACAUUUAACAGAACAAUCUGCUGCAAUAACAGAAUACAUUCUAACAUCACUCAGACAAAAUAUUUUUUGAGUGUAAUCCACUUUCAAAAACCCAUCUAAAAUCCACUUCCUUUGCAUCCGACUGGAUUUUCUUGACAGAAAAGCAGUAAGGCUUAUUGACGUUCAGGGGUUUUGGCGUUAUCGCAACCUUGGGCGAGAUAAGCUAUGGGCUCUCGCUAACUAAACUACGUGAUUUUGCAGUAGCUGUUAAUUGUUCGUUAAACCGACAGAGCUGACUUUGCAAGGCGUUUAUUCAGUCUAGAAACUACCGUAAAAUCACGCCUUUUAGCCGCGUUAGUUUGCGAGAGCGGCCAUUUUCGUCUUGCCCAGUUCUACAAAAGCUCACAAGGCUCCUAGCUGAAAUGCCGAUCCGUCUUAUUGGGCAGUUAUGGAAAUCAAAUGCUUGUUGUAGAUGUUAUACCAUGCACAGUCCGAGCACUAAUAAUUACUUCGUCAUCAGAUAUGUACUGUACUUUGCUUUGUUUAGUUUAUACCAGCAUUAAAGUAUAAUAGC